AUGGAUGAAGCCGCUUUUCGAAGAGGACUAAAGAGACGCCAAAUACUUGGAGAGCUGGUGCGAACAGAGGAGAGCUACGUUGCGGACCUUAAAGCGCUCAUUUACAUCUACUCAACCCUUCUGGCAACAUCAAUGAGAUUCCCAAGCGGUGUCCGAAUCUCUGUUGAGAAAAAUGUCCAUGAGCUGCUUCACAUACAUGAAAAGCUUCUGGGUCGCCUUCAUCAAGCAGCAUACGAUGCAGCUGCAAGGAAAUGGGCUGACACAAGUUCGCCGCAGCAUCUCGGCUCGCCUCGUCAGCAUAGGCGCUGGCGAAGCCUGGAGUCCACACUAAUCAACAAGUUCAGCCGUGCCAAUCGGCCGACGCAAAGUUCUGUAGACUCUGGAGAGUUGACUUAUGGUCGGGCAAAUUUGGGCUGCGCUGAACCAAGAGAUGUCUCUGACAUUGCAAUAUUGUUCAAAGACUUCUUGAAUGAUUUCUUCGCAUAUGAAGAAUACUGCGCGAACCACACCCUAGUUGCACAUGAACUUCAGAAGCAAAUGCCCGAGAUGUGGUCGACAUAUGAAUCUGGCAUGGAGUCACUUGCUAAGACGCUGAUUGCGCUUGAUCACCGUAAGUGUGACGAGCGAAAGGGGAGAACAGUCGGCGACCUUUUGAUCAAGCCAAUCCAACGCCUGACGAAAUAUCCCUUGCUUUUCGAAGAUUUGCUCAGGGAGACGCCAGUAUCAGAUUGCCCAUCUAGUCAUGCCGAUAUUGAGGCAACAAUACAAGGACUACGAGAAGUCAUCCGAGCCGUCAACGAAGCGACGAACAACGACGAAGCUCGGGCUCAGGUUCUUCGUCGCAGGUCAUUGCAAUCGAGGCUCACCUACGAGCAGGUGACCAUUCGAUCCGAAAAUUACCGACUUCUGGGCGAGAUUCGCUUGUGUGGUGUCCUCCAUGUAACAUGGCAAACCAAAAGCAGGAUUGAUGGAAGGUACGCGGUUUGUGUGCUGUUCGACUUCAGCUUGAUGAUCGCCUUGCAAGCUGGGACUACAUCUCAACUGGACCUUGUUGCAUUUUUGCACCUUUGCGAUUUUAGAAUCGAGUCAGCCAGUGAUGGUCAGGGUCUCCAAUGUCAUUCAACUCUUCAUACGUGGAAACUCUGUGCUCAAAUUAAUGGCCACCUAAAUGAAUUCAUCAUGAGUGCCUGCUCGUUAACUGAGGAGAUUGUUUGGAAGGACGGUCUGCAGGGGAGAUAUAGUCCGAAAAACAGAACAGAAGACCUUUCCAGGCAUAUCCCAAGCAGUGUCAGUCUUGACCUUAGAUCGGUUGGAACAAUCUACGGUCCACAGAGUGCAUUAUCAGGCCGAAACCCCUCGCGGGCGGCGACGGUGGGAAAUCGAGCCAAUAUUUCUCAGGUCAUCGUCCGGAACACACAUAACCCACAGGAUCUUCACGAAUAUCGCCAGAUCUCUUGCUCGUCAAUCAACAGGUCACAGUCUCAUAUGACAUCGAAUCGAAUUGUUGUGCUGUCACCAAAAAGGUCAGAACGAGCGAGACUAGAAUCUGGUCUGGCCGAUGUCUGGACGAGGGACAAACUGCCAUUCCCAGGAAUGAUCGGGUCUCGAGGAGGCCAGAUCAUUCGAGCCUCUGCAGGCUCUUUGGCUCGAAAGUUGAGUCUGGCAUCAAUUCACGCGCCCUUCUCCAGACGGUCAGGGAGCAUUUCGAUAGUGAGCCGAAAAUCUUAUGACACCUCAACCGAAGGGCGGAGAAGGAGUAGGAAAGUGUCACCUCCGGUCUUCGAAGUCCGUAAGGAAAGUUUUGAAGAAUUGGCCCCUACAACCACUAGAAAGAAGUCGCAUGAAAUGCCGGAGAUUGACACGAUGGAUAAUCUGGUCAGUCGCAUGAUAGGUAACAGUGGGAGCAAGCAAUCUAUCUUCUCACAAGGUGGUGGCAGUUUGUGUAAAAGAAGUACAAGAAGGCGGACAGCAUCUGACUCUUGCACUAACAUCGGCCCAGAAGACUCCACCGAGAAAAGUCGUUCGGAAGAGAAGCACAAAACUGAAAAGGAUGAAAUGGUAGAACAAGGUCUUGAGGGUAAAAAGAAACGAUGGAGCAAUCCAAUUGGAAUCCUGAAGGGCUUGUCGAGUGAAGGCCUUCGGCACAUGUUGUAUUCGAGCAAAUAA